AUGGCCUCAGAAGGGAAAGUUUCAUAUGCGUCCCUGUCUAAUAUGGAAAAGGAGAAUACCAAGUUUUCUUAUGUAGAUGAUUAUGAUGACACUCCUUGGCCACCACAAGAAGGCCAGAAUGCGGAGGUGUUGAAUCAGAAAGUGUCAUAUCCAUAUCCUCUCGAUUCUGAAGAUUUUAUGGAUGGAGGGUAUGACUCGGGCGAGGAUCAGUACCCACCUGUAUCAAGAAAUGGCCCACCUGAGGUGAACUUGAAAAAUGUUAUGAGUGGGAUAUUUGCCAUUCUUACUGGACGAAAUAAAGAUCAUUCUACCCUAAGAAAUCUCCCUCAGUUGCCAAGUUCUAAUGUAUCAUUCCUUGGAUCUCCAAAGGAUGGAGAAACAGUCUUGCAUGCUUCAGUUUACAUUCCGAGUGCUCCCCCACUUCUUGAGCAUAAUUCUUUUAAUUAUAAUGCUUACAAAGAUGUCCUGGAAGCUGAACCACCAGAAUGGCUUCCAGAUAGUGCGACAACAGCUUGCAUGCAAUGCAAUGCUCCCUUUACAGCUUUGACCCGUGGUAGACACCAUUGUCGCUUUUGUGGAGGAAUUUUUUGUAGGGUGUGCUCAAAAGGAAGGUGUUUAUUACCUGCUAAGUUUAGGGAAAGGAAUCCACAGAGGGUGUGUGACACUUGCUAUGAUAGGCUUGAUCCAUUGCAAGCUGUAUUGAUCAAUACCAUCAGCAAUGCUUCCCAGAUUGCAAAGCAUGAUGUGAUGGAUUGGACUUGCUCAAGAGGGUGGUUGAAUCUUCCGGUGGGUUUGUCCAUGGAGCAUGAAAUAUACAAGUCGACCAUUACGCUGAGGAGCUUUUCGCAGGUAGCUAGGUUGAACCCUGAGAAGUCCAUCCCUGCAGCUAUUUUGAAAGGAGCAAGAGGUUUGGCAAUCUUGACGGUUGCUAAAGCUGGUGUGUUACUUUCUUAUAAACUAGGGACUGGCUUGGUAGUUGCCCGACGAUCAGAUGGGUCAUGGUCGGCACCAUCUGCCAUUCUCUCUGCUGGUUUGGGAUGGGGAGCACAGGUCGGGGGUGAGCUCAUGGAUUUCAUACUUGUGCUUCAUAACACCAAAGCUGUGAAAACAUUUUGCAGUCGCAUGCAUUUUUCUCUUGGUGCUGGUUGCAGUGCUGCUGCUGGACCAAUUGGGAGAGUUGUUGAGGCAGAUCUGCGAGCUGGAGAUAAAGGCUCCGGCAUGUGCUAUACUUACAGCUGUAGUAAAGGUGCAUUUGUCGGAGUCUCGCUCGAAGGAAACAUUGUUGCAACAAGAAUGGACACGAAUCUUCAAUUCUACGGUGAUCCAUACCUAACUACAGCUGAUAUCCUUCUUGGAGCUGUGGAUAGGCCAAAGGCUGCUGAACCAUUGUAUGCUGCUCUCAGAGACCUUUACUCUAAAUUGUGAAGCUAGUUCUUGCAGGGGCCCGUUCGUGUAUAAAGGCUUUCAAGUAUAGUAAGUAUUGUAGUUGCUAGUGGGCAAUGCAGAUCUUCAAGGGGAAAGGAGCAGUCUGUGAACUAGUGACAUAAAUGCAAAUCUCAGAUGCUUAUGUUUUGUUCCUGUGCAUAUAAAAUGUUUUUCCUUGUCAUAAAAGCCUAGAAAGCUUCAUACACUUGUACAUAAAUGUAUACAUAAAUUGUUCAUUAUGAUACUAGUGCCAGAGAUUGGUUUCGAUCAAAA